AUGUUAGAUUUGGAAGGUUAUCAUGCAGACGCAACUUCUAAAUAUAGUUCGAAAGAAAUUGUGAUCAAUUCACCGGGUCUUGAGUGUCUUACUCUCCAUGAAGAUUACUUGCCUUGUUAUGUGCUAGAGAACCUAACCUCGUUGGUUAAAGCAGAUGUUGAUGUUGGACACUGCUGUAUAAAGACCAAGUCAACUGAACAACAUGCUGAUCGUGUACUUGUGCUACUCAGGAAAAUUUGUAAUAUCAAAUAUCUAUCUCUAGGUGCUCGCACCAUGGGGGCUAUCGACCAUGCUGUUGACAAUAAACUGCUUUUAUUCACUAAUAUGAUUCGUUUGGAGCUGGUUGUUCACAAUUGCUAUGGCUGGAAACGUCUACUACACUUGCUCAAUAGCAUGCCUAACCUAGUACAUCUUGUUUUGUACAAAUUUAAGAACUGCGAAGACAAUGUUUCUGAGGGUUUCAAUUUUGUUGAACAAGAAGUGGUGCCUUGUUGUCUCUUGAUGUAUCUCCAAGAAAUUGGAUUUCAUUCAUUUCGGGGGCUGAGUGAUGAGCUGAAGCUGAUAGAGUACUUUUUGAAAAAUGCCAAAGUAUUGCAUAGAAUGAAAAUUUCUACUGAUGAGUUAGAAGAAAAGCAAGAGAGCGAGUUUCGCGAGAAAGUGCUAAUGUUUCCAAGGAGUUCAAUACUCUGUCAAAUUUUACACCACAAUAUUAUGCUGAAGCCGAGAUAAUUAUCCCAGAAUGCAUUGUGGAGCUCACACGCGGGAGAGAUCUAUUGCCCACUCGGCAUCUAUAGAAUUGUUCUCCUUGAUAAAAUUUUCUGUCAUGUAACCAAGUUGGCUCUUAUUUUUGGGUACCUGUAUAUUGAGUCAGUAAUAGUUACAUGUGUUCGAUGUCUCUUCGACUGUUUCAAUUUUGUAGGUUUUGUUCAAUUCUAAUUCUCAACCAUAAUCUGUCCUCGACUCUUUGCUAUUGAAUAUAUAGUCCUUGUAUAAUCAUUGUUCAGCUUAAACCUGAGGCUUGUCAACUGAAGCAUAUUGUAUUGUAAACUCUUGAGCCUGACAAGAUCCAUUUGGUUUUAGUAGGGUUUGCUUUAGAUAAUGUAAUAAUGUUUCCAAUUAACA